CCUCGGGCGGCCCCCCGGUCUAGAGCGUUUCCGCGUUUGUUGAGAUCUCGAUUAACCUACGCCGCUGGUCACUGCGGCGCACGAUAGACCGAUUCCCUUCUUCCUCCAAGUUUCCACCCUUCGCCGCCGACGAUGGCGUCCCCCACCGGGAGCCCCAACACCUCCGCAAACUACGACACGCAGGCCCUCUUCAAGCCCCCUAACCCCAGCCCUAGUCCCGGCGCCAUUCCACGGCAGCCGUUCCCUCCUACUUCUGCCUACCCGUCUCCGCUACCGCCGUCGACGUUUCCGGCUCCGACGCAUCCCGGAGGCUUCUCGUACCCCCCGGCUACUCCGCCUUUCCACCACCAUCCUUUCCUCCACUACCCCCAGGAAUCCCUCCACCGUACCCCAGCCAUCUACCCCCCUGUGUCUCCCCAUCUUCCGAACCCCAAUCCCAGCACUAACCCUAGUCCUAGCUCCAACACCAAUCCCGGUGCUCGCCUUAUGGCCCUCCUGAACCCUCCCGCAAGUUCCCAACUCGAAUCUGCCGUCUCGAUGCCGCCUCCUUCUUCCACUCAAUUGGAAUUCCUCACCCCUUCCGCUAUCGGCGCGCUUUACCCUGUGCCUUCAGCCCCACCUGCUGCGCUGGCACAGCCAGCGCCAACGAGGAUGUCGAGCAACAAGUUGCCUAGGGGUCGGCUUCUCAGCGCAGGGUCACGUGCUGUCUAUGAUGUUGAUUCACGUCUGCCGGGAGAGAAGCAGCCGCCUCAACUUGAGGUGACACCGAUCACCAAGUAUACAUCUGACCCAGGGCUUGUUUUGGGGCGGCAAAUCGCUGUCAAUCGAACCUACAUAUGCUAUGGGCUUAAGCUUGGUGCUAUUCGGGUGCUCAAUAUCAACACAGCUCUGAGAUCGUUGCUAAAGGGGCAUUCUCAGAGAGUUACAGACAUGGCUUUCUUUGCUGAAGAUGUGCACCUUUUAGCCAGUGCAAGCAUUGAUGGAAGGGUUUUUGUGUGGAAGAUUGAUGAGGGGCCCGAUGAGGAAAACAAGCCACUGAUUACAGGAAAAGUUAUAAUGGCUAUUCAAAUUGUUGGCGACAGAGAGUCAUAUCAUCCCCGAAUUUGUUGGCACUCGCACAAGCAAGAAAUUCUGUAUGUUGGGAUAGGGGUUUUAGUGCUAAAAAUUGAUAUAAAUAAAGUUGGAAGAGGAAAAGAAUUUUUGGCUGAGGAGCCACUCAAAUGCUCUAUUGAAAAGCUUAUAGAAGGAGUGCAAAUUAUAGGUAAACAUGAUGGAGAAGUGACAGAUUUGUCCAUAUCCCAAUGGAUGGUCACUCGUUUAGCGUCAUCCUCAAAAGACGGCACGGUAAAGAUCUGGGAUGACCGUAAAGCAGUGCCCCUUUCGGUUUUAAGGCCACAUGAUGGCCAUCCUGUCAACUCAGUGGAGUUCAUGACAGCACCUAACCACCCUGAACACAUCAAUCUCAUCACAGCUGGACCUUUAAGUCGAGAAAUAAAAAUUUGGGCCUCUGCUAGCGAAGAGGGUUGGCUAUUGCCUAGUGACUCUGAAUCAUGGCAUUGCACUCAGAUGUUGGACUUGAGAAGUUCCUCAGAACCUCGGAUGGAAGAGGCUUUUUUCAAUCAAUUAGUAGUGCUGUCUCAAGCAAGCCUUAUUAUAAUUGCUAAUGCUAAGAAGAAUGCUAUUUAUGCAGUGCAUAUUGACUAUGGUCCAUGUCCUGCUUCUACACACAUGGACCAUAUAGCAGACUUCACUGUGGCAAUGCCUAUUUUGAGUCUUACUGUAACGCAUGAUAUCCUGGCUGAAGGAGAUAAAAUUGUUCAAGUCUACUGUGUACAAACACAGGCAAUUCAACAAUAUGCUUUGGAUUUAAUUCAGUGUUUACCACCACCGAUUGCUAAUGCUGGGUUAGCAAAAGAUCCUUCAUCCCAUGUAAUCGAGGCAUCUAAUUCUGAAGGAUUACCUGUGCCAGAGUUGUCUAGUGAACACUACAGAACUAAUACUGCUAUGGAAAAUGCUUCACCAGAAACCCUUCUUACUGAUGGUAGUAUGGAUGGUGCAUCUGCAGCUCCAGCUCUUGUAACCACAGAUUCUUCUGAGGCCACUGGUAUUAAUGAAUCAUCGACAUCAAAUGUUGAAGUUAAACUCAUUUCUCCACUUCUGAAUGUGGAUGCAGAUGCAAUUCAUGUUGCCUCAUCUUCAGGUCCCUUUAACAUAGAUAUAACAGGAAGUUCACCUUCUCUAAAGAGCCCUGCGAAAACUUCUGAGGAUGCACUGUCCUUAAGUGGUCAUGAAACUGAUCACUCCAGUUUUGAGCAUGCAAUUGACAGGGGAGUAUACAGUGUUGUAACAAAAGAAAGUACAGAAAAGGAUGGACUUAAUACUGGACAGAAUGAUAUAUCCAUGAUUUUUAAUCCUCCUAUGAUGUUUAAACUUGGUGGAAACUCAACUCACCUAAUUACUCCCUCUGAAAUUUUAUCUGGUGCAAUAUCUACUUCUGAAAACAGUAAUGUCAAUAAAAAACUUACUGAGGAGGUGAAGGGGAAAGACUUAAACACUGGUGACAGCAUUAUAAAUGCUGAAGUGGUUGAGGGUACGACAGUUCAACAAGAAACCAAUACUCAGAAGGUGCCUCAAGAUUUUUCUGCUCUGGAGCUAUCUCCCCAGGUUUCUAUAGCUCACUCGGAGGUAGAUGAUGAGGCUCCUACUGUAAUAGAAACUUCCUUUCAGGUAGAAAGUCACCCAGCUGAGGACAUUGCUAUUGUUGAGGCAAAGAAGCACCUGUUAACUACUGCUAAGGAAGAAGGACAAGAUAGAACAAUAAAUGCAACAGAAGAUAUUGCUGAACCUGGUGUUACUUCAGUUUCUGAAUCUCUCCUGGUUUCCAAAGGUAAGAAACAAAAAGAAAAACAACGUCAAACAUCCAGUCCUUCAUCGUCUUCCUCUAGCCUUCUCCAUUCCACCUAUUCCUUGAAUGAACCAGCAGUCACUGAGAGUGUCCCUUCAGCUGAUCCUGCUUCCCUGGAUAUUCUUGCUUUGCAGGAAAUGCUGAGCCAGGUAGUGAAUAUGCAAAAGGAACUGGAAAAGCAGAUGGGUCUAGUUGUGGCUGCUCCUGUAGCAAAGGAAGGAAAACGGAUGGAGACUGUCUUGAGCCGAAAUAUUGAGAAGAUGAUUAAAGCUAAUGGAGAUGCUUUAUGGGCACGUGUUCAAGAAGAAAAUGCAAAAUAUGAGAAGUUUGAGAAGGAACGGAUGCAGCAGAUCACCAAUCUAAUUACCAACUGUGUGAGUAAGGACUUGCCAACCGUUUUAGAGAGGGCAGUGAAGAAAGAACUUUCUACAAUAGGGUCCACUGUAGCUCGUUCAAUUGCACCUUCUAUUUCUUCAGCUAUAGCAGAGUCAUUUCAGAGGGGGGUUGGUGAUAAAGCAGUGACUCAGUUGGAGAAGUCAGUCACUUCUAAACUUGAAGCUACGGUUGCAAGACAAAUCCAAUCACAGUUUCAAACUUCUGGGAAGCAGGUUCUUCAGGAUUCUCUUAGGUCCUGUUUGGAAUCAUCAGUGGUUCCUUCUUUUGAGCAAUCUUGUAAAGCAAUGUUUGAGCAUAUUGAAAAUGCAUUCCAGAAUGGAAUGAGCGAACACACUGCUGCUGCUAGUCAGCAACUUGAGGCAGCAAAUACACCUUUAGCAGCUACUUUGAGGGAAGCAAUCAACUCUACUUCUUCAAUCACCCAAAACCUCACUACUGAGUUAAUUGAUGGUCAACGCAAAAUUUUGGCUCUCAUUGCGGCAGGAAACACAAAGGUUCUAAACCCUCUGGUUUCUCAGCAAGCUAACGGCCCUACAGCUGGUCUUCCUGAGAUGGUCGGUGCACAUCUGGAUCCGACAAAAGAACUCUCGAGAUUAAUUUCAGAGCGAAAAUAUGAGGAAGCUUUCACAAUGGCACUUCAAAGAAGUGAUGUGUCAAUAGUGUCUUGGCUAUGCACACAGGUGGAUUUGCAAGCAAUUUGUUCCAUGGUGCCACUUCCCCUGAGUCAAGGGGUUCUUCUAGCACUUCUGCAGCAACUGGCCUGUGAUAUCAGCAAUGAGACAUCCAGAAAAGUUGGCUGGAUGACUGAUGUUGCUGUAGCAAUCAACCCGGCUGAUCCAAUGAUUGCAUUACAUGUGAGGCCAAUCUUUGAGCAAGUCUACAGCAUGUUGGGUCGCCAAAGAUCCCUUCCAACCACUGCCGCCCCUGAGUCAGCCAGCAUCCGCCUAUUGAUGCAUGUUAUAAAUUCUGUGCUUACCUCCUGCAAGUGAUUUACUCUCUGAGUUUACACACAUGUAUAGAAGGAAUUGAAGAUAAAAGAAGUGUUGUUGUGUAUGUAGAUUAUAGAGGAUGCAGGAAUGGUUCGACAUCUCCUUUUCUUUCUUCGGCUUAUUUCUAGGUUUUGAAUGAACAUUUGUAUGUCUAGGAAUUCAAUUUGGUCAUGCAUCAUGGAUUUUUAAGUUAAGGUUUUGAUAGUGUUGGGAUUGCAUAAUCCUUGUCUUGACUUCUUGGUGCUUAUAUGCAAAUAAGAUAAAGUCUUUAUGCA